UGGAGUUUGCAUAUUUGUAGAAGCAAUUUUUUUGUUUUUUUUUUUGUUUUUUUUUUUAUAAAUAACUAUACCAAAAUUUUAAGUUUAACUGCGACCAAUUUGCCGUUCUGUUUUUUUUUUCCUUUUUUACAUUGAACCAACAAGUAAACUUUCUAGAGUCAUGAACAAUGAAUAUUCUUAUCUGACCGACAUGCAGCAAAAUUGUAAACUGUAUGGCAUGGUGGAGAUCGAUCAGCUGCGGGCCGUGUGGAAGAGCCGCAAGUUUGCGAUUCAGGUGCCGGACUCGAUAGUGCAGAGCGGGCUGCUGCCCUCGAUCUUUGACUGGCAGCUGCUGGGGCAGCUGAUGCCGGCCGAGCAGACAACUGGCGAGAUGGUGCUGCAGCAGCGGAUCAACGAUCUGGAGCUAUUGAACAGCCUGACGACAGCGCUGCAGCGCAUCCAGAUAGUGCCGGAGAUAGGGCUGGACGUGGACGUGAUCAUGGGCCGACCCAGCUAUAAUGUGCUCGUGCAGGACGAUGGCAGCAUAUUGGUGAAGGAGCUGCCCAGCCUGCACAUACAUGUGUUUGCUGCCGAAUCGCGGGCAGCCGCUGGACAGGAAUGCAUCAUGGAUGAACCUAACCUCAUGGCCUCGGAGCAAAGGAAACAACUCGCUGCACUUGUUGGUCAGAAGGCGUCGCUAUUCGCAGAGUCUGGCAUGAUAAAGGAUGCAUCGAAAGGCGAACACCUGGCCGAGCCGGAGGAGUCCACCGAUGAGCCCACAGAGCUGGCCCAGGAUCCCAACGGAGAGCUGGGCGAGUUCGAGGAGUUUCUCGAGCGCACAUGCAGCAGCCUAAAAAGCAAUCACAAAAGGCUAACAGAUCUGGAGCUGGAGCUGGAGCUGGAGCUGGAACUGGAGCACGAUCUGCCCGACACGGAGGAUGUCGAUCUGGAUGUCUACGAGGAUGAUAUGGAGGAUGAGGAGGAGGAGCCGCCGCCAACGGAUGCCGUCAAUCAAAUCGAGGGCCCCAUCGAGACCAGAUUGCGCCGCCGUCAGCCCAUGUGGAUACGCUUCGGCAAUUGGCUGCGCCAAAGCCUGCCACGCCUCAAUCAAUAACAACGUUCGAGUCCAGACUGCAAGCUGCCAACUCUCCCAGCUAACCAAUUCCCGAGCGAGCGACGACCGCUUCUGCUGGCUGUCAAAAAAAUUCAG